CUCUAGGUGACCUUGCUGGGGCUGGGCCAGGUGGCCCCCGGGGGUCCCUGCCCACCGCAGCCGCUCAGUGGCUCGGUGACAAUCCUGCCGCAGCGGCUGCCCGGUGCUGUGCCCGCAGCAGCUGGGAUGUCAGGCGCUGGGAAGCGAGCGCCUAAUUGCACGCCUAACCGCAUUCAUUGAUGGUAAAUCAGCCACGGGGGUGUGUGGUGCUGAAGCAACCCCAAGAGCCCAAAGAGCUGUGGGGAUAUGUGCAAGUCCGAAGUAAAGCCCACAUGUUCUGGUGGCUCUACUACGCGAACAACCCAACCAAGGACUUCACAGAGCUACCUCUCAUCAUGUGGCUUCAGGGAGGUCCAGGAGCUUCAGGCUGCGGAUUUGGGAACUUUGAAGAGAUUGGUCCAUUAGACAAAGAAAUGAAACCAAGAAAUACAACCUGGUUGCAGGCAGCCAGUAUCUUGUUUGUGGAUAAUCCCGUCGGCACUGGAUUCAGUUAUGUGGAUGACUGCAGCUUGUUUGCCAAAAACCUUACCACAGUAGUCUCUGAUAUGAUGGUUUUUCUUAGAGACUUUUUCACGCAUAGAACAGAAUUCCAGACCAUCCCAUUCUACAUAUUUUCUGAAUCUUAUGGAGGUAAAAUGGCUGCUGGCAUUGCCUUAGCGCUUCAUGAGGCUGUUCAAAAAGGAAGUAUAAAGUGCAAUUUUGUUGGGACUGCUCUCGGAGACUCAUGGAUUUCUCCUUUGGAUUCUGUGCUGUCUUGGGGGCCCUAUCUUUAUAGCACCUCUCUCCUUGAUGAUCAUGGUCUAGCAGAGGUGACUGCUGUUGCUAAAGAAAUAAUGGAUGCAAUAAAUAAAAAUCAAUAUGGCCUGGCCACUGAGCUCUGGAGCAAGGCUGAAAGUGUCAUUGAAGAGAACACAGACAAUGUGAACUUUUAUAACAUCAUGACUAAGGAAGUUCCAGAAAUGAAUGCAAAUGAACAAGAAAAUCUUCAUCUCAUUAGACUUUACCAACGCCAUGUCAAAAAUAUGCAUAAGAACAGCCUAAAUGAAUUGAUGAAUGGACCCAUCAGAAAGAAGCUAAAAAUUAUUCCUGACUGUGUGAAAUGGGGAGGUCAGUCCACAAAUGUCUUCGAGAACAUGGCUGAGGACUUCAUGAAACCUGUCAUUGACAUUGUUGAUCAGCUUUUAGCAGCCAAUGUCAAUGUUACAGUCUAUAACGGGCAGCUGGAUCUCAUUGUUGACACCAUGGGCCAGGAGGCAUGGAUCCGGAAGCUGAAAUGGCCCAGUUUGGACCAGUUCAGCCAACAGAGGUGGAAGGCGCUUUAUGUGUCUCCAGAAUCCACUGAGACAGCUGCUUUCCACAAGGCCUAUGAGAACUUUGCUUUCUUCUGGAUUCUUAAGGCUGGGCACAUGGUACCGUCUGAUCAAGGAGAGAUGGCACUGAAAAUGGUCAGGAUGGUGACCCAACAGAAGCACUAGGGACGGGGAGGCCAGCUGGUAUGGCCUCCUGCUGAACGCUGUGUUCCUGCAGAAUGUGAGUCCAGAACAAAUAAGCCACAGCAGGAACAACUGGUACUUGGACACACAGCUUCUCUGAUCUUGAUGAUGUGUGAAAGCAUUUAUGAAAAGGCAUAUUUUUCCUUUAAUAAGUUGUUUCUUUUGAAUUAGAAAGAUGUGAUUUGCUGCCUCAAUACUGUUUGUAAUGACUCUUCCAGAAGGAACUCCUCUGUCAUAAACAACUAGCAAUAAGCCUUUGCCUUUGUCUUGGAAGGACUUUGUGCUUUUGUAAAAAAGCUGCCCUACCCUAAAUGUUCUCGUCUGUUCACAGACCAAGACUAAAACUGAUUUGCAUCUUGAUGGAUUAGUUGUGUGUUCCUUUCAGAAAGCAAGCCUUUUUCAUGAGGCUGUGGAAUGUUCCUUCCUUUGUCCUCGGGCCUCUGCUUGAGCCACCUGGCUGGAUUAGAAGCUGAAGACAUGAAGUUGGCCAGGAUAGAAGACCUGCACAAGAGAGUCUACAGAACAUCAUCUCAGUGAGAUGACGCGCCUGAGUUAGGAUCCAGAAUUUCCUCAGGCUUCCACCAUCCCCCUCCAGAGGAGGAUUUGACCUUUUUCAUCUGGCCAUUUGUUGUUUUCAUUCUCUUUUAAUGACUCAAGUUUUUUUCCUUGGCUUUAACAUCUAAAGCACAUCCAGCAAAAAUUCCUGCUGGAAU